UGUAAAUGGCCAGGGCGGCUGGUCCCUAUUAUUGGCGGUUUAUGAAGAAAACUAUUAUGUUUAACCAGUGCGGGAGGUUGACAAAUGUUUGUUUCAUGUUCUUAUGUGGUAAACAGAUAAACACAAAAUGACUGUAAGACAGUGAAUUGCAAAAGACGUCGUGAAGCCUGCUACAUUUGUAAGACGCAACGACAUAAAACAACACAGCUGUCCAUUUUGAAUGUACGCAGUUUCGAUGUUGCUAUACUAAUAACUUUCACUUCAAUGAAAUUUUAAUAUUUUGUUCAAAGUGAAAUUUUUUAUGCAAAAAACAAGUAAAUAGGUAAAUUUGUUUGUUUUAAAUUAUCAAUCGUUAUUACAAAUGAUAUAACAGAGCUAUUUUAUGCUUAUCUUUGUAAAAUAACGUCAGGUUUGCUAGAGUUUUGAAGAAUUUUACAUUUUAGUGGCAUCAUUACUCCUCACUACUGUCGUCGGCAAAAUUAGAAAUACUUUUUUAUUAUAUAUGUGUAUUUUAAUAUUCGACAGAUAUCUCUUGAAGUCUGUCGCAUCCAUUGUGUUUCCAGCAUAAAACGGCCUGUGCAGUCGAAAUUUUAUGUGAAAACUAAUAUUGUUUUGUGUUUAUAAAGGAAUUCCACCGGCGUGGGUUUUUAUAUAUCCAUUCAUAUUACAUUAUCAUUAGACAUAUUUUUAAGAUUUAAAAUGAACAAAAGGACAUUUUCAAACCUUUUGAGUAAGGAGAAGGCAAGUUUUAAUGCUUCAGUUGCGAAGUUUCGCAAACUCAAUGAAUUUAGUAAUAUUUCAAAAAGCGAUCCAAGCCGGAGAGCGGUUUCUAAAUUCUUAUUCUGUGAUGUACCAGAUAAUUCUAAAGAAACUUUAAGUAAUUUUGAAAUUGAAGAUGAAUUGGAGUAUGGUAGUGAUCAGGAAUUUUUGGCGGAAUCCCCCUCCUCGGAUCCUAUUGAUGCCAAACAGCGAGAUGGAGAAGAAAUGAGCUGUUUUUGCAUCGACGAACCCCAUUCUCAGCUUAUGGCUACACAACUCGAACCCAAUAAAAAUGCAAAUACUGCGAUGGUACUGCAAAAAAUUUUGGAGACCCUUGGUAGGGUGGAAUCUCGGCAAGGGGAAAUGAUAAAACGACUUUCAGCUGUGGAAAACGCUCUUACUGAAAAGAUGCCCGAACGUGCUGAGGUGCAAGCGCAAAGCCAAUUGUUGCGGGAGUGUAAAGUGCUCUCAGCAAAAACCCACCGCAGUGUAAGCCGCAUCACUGGCGACGUUGUGAGUGAGGAGCAGCUUCUAUUACAAAGCUUGCUCCCCAUGUCGUCAGAGGAAACAGUGUUGAAGGUGGAGGAGUACCUUGCAGACAAAGCUCACACUGACGCUAUGGCGACGAUCAUCCUCGACCUAAAAUCUAAAAAGGGGUCGAUUGAAAAGGUGUUGCGGUCACUAUUUAGCGACAAGUUGAUAUGGUUGUAUAACUGCGAUGGAAAAGCGGGCAAAAGGCCAUUAACAAAACUAAAAACAGUGGAUCUCACUCUCGCUGCAUUUGCAAGUAUGCACAUUCAUAAAACUUCAAUUAUAAGGCGUUAUGUAUCUUUAAGUCACAAUAGAUAUAAGCAUUUUAGGCGCUAUAUGGAAAAUGCUCUUACUGAAAAGAUGCCCGAACGUGCUGAGGUGCAAGCGCAAAGCCAAUCGUUGCGGGAAUGUAAGGUGCCCACAGUAAAAACCCACCGCAGUGUAAGCCGCAUCACUGGCGACGUGUUGGGUGAGAAGCAGCUUAAUGUGGAAAAUGCUCUUACCGAAAAGAUGCCCGAACGUGCUGAGGUGCAAGCGCAAAGCCAAUUGUUACGGGAAUGUAAGGUGCCCUCAGUAAAAACCCACCGCAGUGUAAGCCGCAUCACUGGCGACGUGUUGGGUGAGGAGCAGCUUAAUGUGGAAAAUGCUCUUACUGAAAAGAUGCCCGAACGUGCUGAGGUACAAGCGCAAAGCCAAUUGUUACGGGAAUGUAAGGUGCCCUCAGUAAAAACCCACCGCAGUGUAAGCCGCAUCACUGGCGACGUGUUGGGUGAGAAGCAGCUUAAUGUGGAAAAUACUCUUACCGAAAAGAUGCCCGAACGAGCUGAGGUGCAAGCGCAAAGCCAAUUGUUGCGGGAAUGUAAGGUGCCCUCAGUAACAACCCACUGCAGUGUAAGCCGCAUCACUGGCGACGUGUUGGGUGAGGAGCAGCUUAAUGUGGAAAAUGCUCUUACUGAAAAGAUGCCCGAACGUGCUGAGGUGCAAGCGCAAAGCCAAUUGUUGCGGGAAUGUAAGGUGCCCUCAGAAAAAACCCACCGCAGUGUAAACCGCAUCACUGACGACGUGGUGAGUGAGCAGCAGCUUCUAUUACAAAGCUUGCUCCCCAUGUCGUCAGAGGAAACAGUGUUGAAGGUGGAGGAGUACCUUGCAGACAAAGCUCACGCUGACGCUAUGACGGCGAUCAUCCUCGACCUAAAAUCUACCAAGGGGUCGAUUGAAAUGGUGUUGCGGACACUAUUUACCGACGAGUUGAUGUGGUUGUAUAACUGCGAUGGAAAGGCGGGCAAAAGGGCAUUAACAAAAUUAAAAACAGUGGAUCUCACUCUCGCCGCAUUUGCAAGUAUGGACAUUAAUAAAACUAAAGUUAUAAGGCGUUAUGUAAAUUUAAGUCACAAUAGAUAUAAACAUAUUAGGCGUAGUAUAAGACGUAGUAAUGUUUUUUAUGAUUUGUCUGAUUAAUUUUGCCUACUUAAUACACUUUUAUACUAAAAUAUGUAUUUUAAACUUCGCUUAUAUUAUUAUUAUUUGUAGCGUACUACAUACAUAAAUAUACAGUGGUGGUCACAUACUUAGCACACUCGUACUUUUAAGAAAAAAAGUUCCAUAAAAUUCAUUUCUUUACUAAAAACUUAAAUUUUUCCACAUAUAUUUAUAUUUCACAGAUAGAUUAACUUAAAUAAUAACAUAAAAGACGAUGUAAUCAAAACCUACAAAAAAAGGUAAGAAUAAAUGAUUACUCGUUGGACACAUUUUUAGCACAUUCCAGGUUUACCUACAAAAACUUUGGCAAUCCGCUCCGAACCAAAUUUUACUACAAUAUUUCGUUGGAAACCCCUUAUUUAGAUCACUUCAGAACAUUUUUCAGGCAAACUCUCUACCAUUGUUCCACAGGUAUAUUCAACCAUACACUUUUGAUGUUCUGCCACAAUUCUUCUAAAUUUUUGGGUUUUUUGCCCUCAAUCCUUCUCUAAACUUCACUCCACAUAUGCUCAAUUGGAUUGAGAUCAGGUGACUGAGCUGGCCACUGCAGAAUGGGAACGCAUUGCUCAUCCAAGAAAUUUUUCACCAAACGCGAAGUAUGUUUGGGGUCAUUAUCAUGCAUGAAGUGCCACCUUAGAGGCAUAUGGUCGUCGACAAAUGGAAUCAUGUGUUCUGUUAACAUGUCCUUGUAAACAAAUUGAUCCAUUUUUGACGUUAUCCUAACGAUAGGUCCAACACCGUGCCAAGAAAAGGCCGCCCACACUAUAAUAUUUCCUCCUCCAUGUUUCACUGUUUUUUGUGUAUACCUAGAAUACCUUGUCAGAUCCAAAUCUACAAAACUUAGAUUCAUAACUCCAGAGAACGUUCUUCCAAAAAGAAAGUGGUUUGUUGAUGUGGGCUCGUGCGAAUAUUGACUUCUACAGUCCGCCUUCAUUCAAACGACGUCUGCUCGUUUUAGAUGAAACCUCUAUUCCAUAUACUGCAUAAACUUCGGUUUUAAUUUAUUUAGAGCUCUUCAAUGGAUCGUUUUUUGAAAUCCAACGAAUUAGAUUGUCUUCUUUGGAGGUGGUUUUGCGAGGCCUAGGAGCUCGCACCGUGGAUCAAAAUGUUUAACUGCGUUAUAAAUGAGCUUCCUUGAACACCCAAGCGUUUUUGCAAUCUGGGUUACCGACUGCCCUUCACUUCUUAACUUCACAAUUAUAGCCCGCUUUUCUUCCGUGCAACACAAACCUCUAGCCAUAUCUAAUCAGUAAAUUUAAAUUUAAUUCAAAACCACAGUUUUUAUAUUAAAUAAUCUCUCACCAACAAAAUUUUUUGUAUUCGAAAAUAAAUAUUUCUUAAAACUUUAAAAAACUUCGACAGUCUAAGAAGUGUGCUAAAUAUGUUAUGUAUAUGCUGAUCGUUAAAUAAUCCUUCUAUUUACGACAGUAGCAAAAACAAAGCGACGAAACUUUGCGAUAUCUUAGCUUGGCGCCUUGAUCAUGUCUAGACAAAGUGGCGUCUUUGAAUUUUGUAACAUUACGAAAAAAACAUCGUUUGCAUUUAGGUAGAGUGAUGUGUGCUAAGUAUAUGACCACCACUGUAUAUAUAUGUUUUUUCUUCAUGAUAUUCUUUAUAUGUGUGCAAAUUUGAAUUUUUGAUUAAGAAAAAUUGUGUUUGAAAAAACGAAUAAAAAUUCGCUUAAGAAAUCAUUAA